AUGGCAACCUUGUCAAGUUUAGUUCCUUUGGUGAUUCUUAGUUUAGUUUUAGUAGUUGGAGUCAUGGUAGGUGGUGCUGAAGCAAGGGCUUUCUUUGUAUUUGGAGAUUCACUUGUUGAUAGUGGAAAUAACAAUUACUUGGCCACCACUGCACGUGCUGAUGCCCCUCCUUAUGGAAUUGAUUAUCCAACUCGUAGACCAACUGGCCGUUUCUCCAAUGGCUUCAACAUUCCUGAUCUUAUCAGUCAGAGACUUGGUGUUGAGUCUGCAUUGCCAUACUUGAACCCACAAUUAAGAGGAGAGAAGCUCCUAGUUGGUGCCAAUUUUGCUUCAGCUGGAAUUGGAAUCCUUAACGACACUGGAAUUCAGUUUGUAAACAUAAUAAGAAUGUAUAGACAGCUAGAGUAUUUUCAAGAGUACCAGAACAGAUUGAGUGGUCUAAUUGGAGCAAGUAGAGCUAAAAGCCUAGUGAAUCAAGCACUGGUUCUCAUCACUGUUGGUGGCAAUGAUUUUGUAAACAACUACUACUUGGUGCCAUUUUCUGCAAGGUCACGCCAGUAUCCACUACCUGAAUAUGUCAAGUAUCUCAUCUCUGAGUACCAAAAGCUUUUGCAGAAGCUGUAUGAUCUUGGAGCUAGAAGAGUUCUUGUGACAGGCACAGGACCAUUAGGUUGUGUUCCUUCAGAAUUGGCACAACGUGGCAGAAAUGGACAAUGUGCUGCUGACCUACAAAGAGCUGCAUCAUUGUAUAACCCUCAACUUGAAAGCAUGUUGUUACAACUCAACAGGAAAAUUGGAAGGGAUGUUUUUAUUGCUGCAAACACAGCACAAAUGAAUAACAACUUCAUUAGUAACCCCACAGCAUUUGGAUUCGUAACAUCAAAAGUAGCAUGUUGUGGGCAAGGACCAUACAAUGGUCUUGGGCUAUGCACACCACUCUCUAACCUGUGUCCCAAUAGAGACUUAUAUGCAUUUUGGGAUGCAUUCCAUCCAUCUGAAAAGGCUAAUAGGCUUAUUGUGGAGCGAAUUAUGUCAGGUUCUAAAACCUACAUGAACCCAAUGAAUCUCAGCACCAUCUUAGCUUUGGAUGCUACCACAUGAAG